ACAGAUAUGUCAACAACAGAGAACACAACAACAGUUAUAGUCCAUGAAGCUAUAAAUGAAGAAUAUGAGUACAUACAGUUUAACAAACAACUCCGUCUCAUUCGUUCAGUCAAAGACGAUAUGUACCAAAUGCAAAGUAUUUUGAAUGCUCUUCGUUCUACAAGGCAAGCAUAUCAUUGGUUUGAAAACCAACAGGCACAAGAACUUUUAGAAGAAUUUCCUCAUAUGUUUGCUACCCUCGGAAAACCGAGGGUAGAGAUUCCGUACGAAAAUCGCAAGAAUUUGGCUCCUGGUUUGAGAGGUUAUUAUGUUCAUAGACUUCUUGUAAAUGCUGUUGCAAUGUGGGCUUCACCUCGCUAUGCUUGUUAUAUUUUCAUGAUGUUAGAUGAAAUUCAUAGACAAGAACGUGAAGAGAUGGAAAACAAGCUUGAAGCAAAAGACAAAAGCAUACAGAAAAGAAUACCACGUUCGGUACCAAAAGGAAAGGAAAAGAACUAUAAGUAUAUGAUUUAUACUGAAGAGAUGGAAAAUGAAGAAGACAGAGAUAUGGUUAUGUUGCAUUUAGUCAGAAGAAACAACAAAAGCUUUUACGACCUUGCUAAGAUUUACAAAUCUGACAGAAAUUGGUUCUAUCGCGAAAACUUACCGAUUUCAAUGACACCGAAUGAAGAUGUGAAACAAAUAGUUCAAGAUACGUUACCUCAAACACACUAUGAUAUUAAAGGUUGUACAAUUCUUACCUUCAAAGAAGAUUUGCCAUUGUUAAAGGAAAAAAUAACAGAGUAUUUUGACAACUUCAAACAAGCAGAGUAA